ACCCCACCCCAUCCUCCCACAUUGGAGUACGGGGUCCGGGCGGGCAGCGAUUUGAGCCAUCUCCCGACGGGGACCCGCGCGCAGUCCCGAACCGCUUGUCGCUCAUCCACGACGAUCCAUCCCCCUCAGGUAUCCGGUCAUGCCAGCACCAGAGAAGCCCAGAAUGAGAACACGUCGACCACGCGGCUGAGGAGUCCCGGGUGCCUCGGAGCCGCCCGAUGAAAAGACUGCACAGGAUGCCCGGAGCCUCCCUCGACAGAGCACGGGCCUGCAAACUCACCGAGCUCGAGCCCCGCACAGUCAAGGGCUCCGAGGGAUGCAACAGCGGUGGCGGAAGCGGCGGCAGCCGCGCCUCCGGCCGAGGUGAGCUCGGGCCCAACGAGAUGGGCAGCGUCGCUCGCUUCCCCAAGCUCGACGAGUGCGCGCACUUCCAUUACGAGCACGUGGAGCUCGGGCAGCUGGAGGUCUCGAUGGCCGAGACCGGCGAGCCGGACAGCUUCACCGUGCGCGUCACAUCGGGCGACGCCUGCUGGACCCUCCAGCGCAGCCGCGAGGAGCUGCUCAUGCUCGACCGUCAGCUGCAUCGCUGUAUCUUCGACCGCGAGUUCUCAAUGCUGCCGGAUCUGGAGGAGGAGCACGUGGAAGCCGCGGCGGAGACCCUCGAGCGGCUACGCGCUUACCUGCGCCGCUUCUCCGAGCUUAGCCACGAGGGCCUCAAUUGCGGCCCAGUGCUCAAUUGGCUGCAGCUCGACAACCGAGGCCGGCGCAUCCUCGUACCCGAGGCCGAUUCCUGUCCGAUAAACACGCCCGCUGUCGCUGCAGCCUAUGCCGUGCGACCAUAUCGGGCCCAGGCCCAGGACGAACUCUCUUUCCAAAUCGGCGACAUGAUAUCCGUUAUCGACAUGCCACCCGCGGGUGAGAGCAGUUGGUGGCGGGGCAAGCUCGGUUUCGCCGUUGGCUUCUUUCCCGCGGAGUGCGUGGCCGUAUUUGGCGACAAGCUACCGCGUCGCUUGGCUCUCGCGACCUCCGGUCAGCAACCGCACGAGCGACUCCAGCCGGGGCGACUCCAGCCGGUCAAGCCGGUGCUCCGUAAACACGGCAAGCUCAUAGCCUUCUUUCGCUCGUUCAUUCUUAAUCGACCGUCGCGGCGACGCCUCAAGCAAUCGGGCAUCCUGCGAGAGCGCGUCUUCGGCUGCGAUCUCGGUGAGCACCUGCUGAAUUCCGGUCGCGAGGUGCCGUGCGUCCUCAGCUGCUGCGCCGAGUUCAUCGAGCGCCACGGCCUCGUCGACGGCAUCUACCGGCUGAGCGGCGUCGCCUCCAAUAUCCAGCGGCUGCGACACGCUUUUGACGAGGACCGACCGCCGACUCUCCAGACCGACGGAGGCAUCCGUCAGGACAUCCACUCAGUCGCCUCCCUCCUGAAGAUGUACUUUCGCGAGCUGCCGAACCCCCUCUGCACCUACCAGCUGUACGCGGCUUUCGUCGGGGCGGUACGGCCCGCGGGCGAAGCCGAGCGAUUACGGCGGAUGCGCGAGGCUGUGCGGGAGCUACCACCGCCGCACUAUCGCACCCUCGAAUACCUAGUCCGGCAUCUGGAACGCGUGGCCGCGCGCGGCGACGAGACCGGCAUGACGGCGCGUAACCUCGCCAUCGUCUGGGCACCGAACCUCCUUCGCUCGAAGGAACUCGAGCUCGCAGGCGUCGCUGCCCUCCAGGGCGUUGGCGUUCAAGCCGUCGUCACGGAGUUCCUCAUACGUUACGCGGAGCUCGUGUUUGCAGCCGCGGGCCAGAGGCCCAAAUCCCUCGCGGUCGCCGCGGGCUCGAAGCGUCUGCUGAGCCUCGAGGAGGCGCGGAAUCGCUCGCUGCCCGCGGAGCCGGCACUCCUGGAGGUCGGCGCGGGAUCGGCCGGACUUCCGGCUCGCUACCACACGAUCAUCGAGCUGCCCCCGGGCGGACAACCUCGUCGGCGCGGCGCUGGCGGCGGUGCUACCGGCGGAUCAAAACGCUCGCCCUCGCUUAACUGGCGUGCUCUCUUCGGGGGCCGACAGGCGGCCAAGGCCCACGUGGUCCCAGAACCGAGGCUUCGCCCUGUCAAGAGCGCCGACAGCCUUGAGGGCCUGCCGGAGGAUGGUUUGGGCCCGUUGCCGAUGGGCCCGACAGGCACCCGCUCUUGUGGACACAGCCGCUCGGUAUCACACGACUCGUAUUUCGAGCAACUCGGGGAGCAAUCAACGGAGCUUCCGGGGUUAGAGGGACCGGUGCCGGGGCUGCCUGGAGCCGCUGGUUCCAGGCGAAAACGAUCGCGCCUCGAGGAGCGGCUUCAGUGCGAAGCGGAGCUCCGCUUCAUCGACAGCCAGAGCCCGGAUCAGGUUAUGCUCUCUGCGGACGUGCACGAAAUGGAAAGUCCAUCGCCACUACCGACACCGGGAUACUUGCCGCUGCUGUCGGAAGGAUCGACGCCGAUCACGCCAACCAAGGGUUCGGCGCCUUUGGAGCCGCUUGACCAAGAGAUGAGGCCAUGCGAGCGGUUAUUGGGUGGUACCAGUAUAGUGGAAUUCCAUAGGCUGGACUGCAUUCCGAGCAGAUUGCAUCGAGAGGAGCCAGCACGCAAAAUUGGAACCGUUGUCGAAAGUCCCCGAGGACAGCCAACUGACGCCAAUAAUAGCAAUUUAUCGAGCUCGCAAAGCAUGACUGAUUUGGAUUCAUUAAUGACGUAUGAGCAAAGCUACCAAUACAGUUCGAAUUCAAAUUUCAUUCCCUUAGAUCCCCGAGAGAAAGUGACGAGCUUUUCGUCGGGACAAGCGCCUAAUUAUGUUAACGAUUUAAGAAACGCUAAUAAGUGGCUCAUGACAGAUCUACCGUCAGAUACGAUAUCUCCAUCCAAUGGUGCAGAUGAAAGUCAAUUGCAUCGGAUUGCGAUCACAAAGAAUACGCAAAUGUUAGCCGUGGAGGAGUGCUCGUCCGGUUCAAGUACGCCCAAGAGCUGUCAGGAAUCUAUGUGUUAUUCAGUAUCCGAUGGCACUUAUAAUUGUGAAGGAAAUGCGCAGUCAACGAAUUCUAACUUUGAUUCUCCGUGCGAGGACAGUGGCUCAAAUGUAACGCAAAAUCGAAAUUCUGAUCAAGUUGAUCAAACAGAGAUGUUAGUGUCGAUGAAGGCGAGUAUACUUCUUCCAAAACGUGAUUUAAUAACUAAUAAAAGCAGUUGCGAUACCUCGGUGUGUCAAAUGGCAUUGAAUGUCAAAAAUCUUUCGAAUUAUCAAAAUGAUCCAAUAGCCAGUUGGAACCCUUUAUUAGAUAAGUCAAACCGGCGCGAAAAUAAUCAAAACGAGAUGGACAAAUCCAUUGACACCCCAGAUCAGAGUAAUCGAUUCUUGAAUGAAGUCAAGUACGACAACGCGCAAGCGAUUCCUUUGGCGCUUGAACGGCAGGAGAAAGCUGCCGAACGAAGUAAUUGUGAUGAAUCAAAAGAAAGCCAAAAGAGCCGUAGCGAAUCUUUCAGACAAACUACAAAUCGUAGCAGUGUUUGUACUACACAUACCGAGUAUAAUACAAAAAGCAUCAGUCAGCAACAAUCUAGUAGUCCGAGUAGCCCUCAACGCACCAGAAUACAAGACGACGUUGAUGUCGUUAUCCCUUCUGAAAGUGCGGCUGUAGAACCCGAAGAAAUGGCUCAUGUUCCAGAUAUGCUUUCCGUAAACAUUACCCUUGAUACUCCGUGCACAGUCUCUACAUCCAGCACCACGAGUCUUGUACGAGACUCCAUUAUACAUAAAGACACCGCCACUAUUUUGCAAGAGCUGGCAUUGCAGAGGUUAUCCGGUGGAGACAGAGUCGAGCCAAUUUCAACAAGAAGGCGAUACGACUCCGACCUCGUGCGUGAUAGGCGAAGCUUCGAUUCGGAAAUAGGACGAGAAAUUGUACGCGAACACAAAAUGAAACAGGAGCUUGAGAAUGCGAGAGGAAAAUUCGACGACGCUCCGGCGGCCCAUCUACCUCCAUGCUUGCGAGCCCGCCACGCCCGGGCGACUAGAGCCGCGCUUAGCCGCUCUCUCGACGAGGCUAAGUUCAAUAAGAUGACCAACAGCGCAGUCGGUAUGGGUGACCAGCAGCCGCAGAUCAAGCCAGAGACGCCCCAGCAGCACAGCUCGACACCCAACGUCGGCAGCAAGUCAAGCUCCCAGACCGGAGCCUCCGCCGAGCGGUCGAUACAGUCGCUUAACAAGAACCUCGGUCUCGAUCUCGACGACCCGCGCUGCCGCGAACGGAUCGAAAAGUACAAAGAGGAGAGGCGGACUUUCCUGAGGGACAAGUACAGGUCCGAGAGCUUUCGGGCGACGGGGAGUUCGUCGACGGCGAGCGAAAGCGCGAACAGCAAAGAGGACGGAGAGCAAGCCUUGCUGGCGAGACUGAAACAGCGAGCUUCCAGACCCUCUCUACUUUGACCCCCGACCCCUUCAUUACACCGAACGACCAGUUGAAUAUUAAUUAUUGUACCAAGCCAUGGAUUAUGGAAAUAUAGAACAAGCCUAAUUGUUACAAAGUCGUGCAAUGAACUUUUAUGAACUAUAUAUUAUUAGAGAAAUUUUUUAACGAAUGAGUUUAAUACUGCACGAUGCGUUAAUACGUUGAUACGUUAAUAUCCUCUUUUUCUUUAUAUAUAUAU